AUGGCACUGACGGGGAAGCCCUCCAAUGGAUCCCCCAAUAACUCCAGACCUGACCAAUGGAAUACAGUUUUUCAUCAGAAAAAUGAAAUCAUCACCAGUUUAGUUUCUGCCUUAGAUUCAAUGUGUUCCGCACUUUCCAAACUAAACGCCGAGGUAGCCUGCAUUGCAGUUCACGAUGAAAGUACCUAUGUGGUUGGGACAGAGAAGGGGAGAAUCUUUAUGAACACAAGGAAAGAACUGCAAAUGGAUUUUCACAAGUUCUGCAGAGGUCAGCAGAGGAAAGAGCAGGAUGCAGACUUCCAGAAGAAGGCAAAGGACUGUGGCCGGAGCAUCCCGAGGGUCUCCCCGCAUCAAGGAUCAGACGUUUACCUACUCAGGAAGAUGGUAGAGGAAGUGUUUGAUGUGCUUUAUAGUGAAGCCAUAGGGAAGAACAGCGUGGUGCCCUUGCCCUACGAGAAGCUGAUGAAAGAGCCAGGAUUGCUCGCAGUUGCCGGCUUGCCUGAGGGACUUGGCUUCCGGAAGCCCACGGAAUACAAUGUGAAAUCCCUGAUGGCGAUUUUGGAGCACAGCCACAGUAUCCGGUUCAGGCUAAAAAGGCCAGCAGACGAGCCCAGCAGAGAGGCGAACCCUAAUGUAGAGUUGAAUUGUACCUCUCUAGCAUCCAAGGGCAGCCGGGAUUCCGGUCCAAAUAACCAGAUCACUAAACCAGCCAGUCAAGACACUCCAUCCACUGUAGCCAUGACCAAUUUCUUAUACGGUGUCUCGCUGCCUACGCAGAUCGCCACGGACCUAAAGCAGGAGAUGUCUGCCAGUCUGCACGGGGUGAAUGCAGCCAGCGAGAUGCUGAUGCCCAGGCCCUCAGGAGAGCUGAAGGUGCCUUCCUCACAGGAGUACAGCGACUGCUGUGGACAGAAAUCUGCAGUCCCUGGUGGUCCGCUCAUCCAGAAUGUGCAUUCGUCAAAGCGUAUCCUCUUCUCCAUCGUCCACGACAAAACAGAUAAAUGGGACAGUUUUAUAAAAGAAACUGAAGAUAUCAACACCCUUAGGGAGUGCGUGCAAAUUCUGUUUAACAGUAGAUAUGCUGAAGCUUUGGGUUUGGACCACAUGGUUCCCGUGCCAUACCGGAAGAUUGCCUGCGACCCAGAGGCAGUAGAAAUAAUUGGGAUCCCUGACAAAAUACCCUUCAAACGACCCUGUACCUAUGGUGUCCCCAAGCUCAAACGAAUCCUGGAGGAAAGGCACAACAUCCACUUUGUCAUUAAAAGGAUGUUUGAUGAGAGAAUUUUUACAGGAAGUAAAUUUACCAAAGAUGCUACCAAGCUGGAGCCCUCCAGCCCAUCGGGGGAAAUCUCUCCGGAACCACACAGAAUGGCAGUGCUAGACCUGGCAGGGACUUCUCAGGCUAAUAACAGGUCUGAGAAGAGUAGUGUUUCUGAAGACUGUGAACCAGGUACCUCAGCAGAACUGAGUGGGAUCAGACAUAUCAAAAUAGAGCCAGAUGAGCUGGACAUCAUUCAAAUCACCGUUCCAGACCGAUCCCCCGGUUCCGAUGAAAUGCACGACCCAGUGACCAGCCGCAUGACUUCAGACGAUUCCAACUACAUGCUAGAAACAGUAACAGAUAAAGAGCCCAGCCAGGACUUAAGACACGAAGAAAAGCCGAUGGAAGAUGGCCUAGGUGACGUUUUAAGUCAUUUGAGGAAACAAGUGGAAACUUUGUUCAACACGCGAUACGCUAAAGCCAUAGGAAUUUCGGAGCCUGUCAAAGUCCCCUACGCCAAGUUCCUGAUGUACCCAGAAGACCUGUUUGUGGUGGGUUUGCCUGAAGGCAUCUUACUCCGGCGUCCUAACUGCUUUGGGAUUGCAAAGCUGAAAAAGAUACUGCAAGCUAGCAACAGCAUCCAGUUUGUCAUUAAGAGACCAGAGCUUCUUGCUGAGGGAGUGAAGGAGACUACCUCUGACACCAGCGAGAGAGACUCCAGUGACUCCCUUGUCGAUGACGCUGUGAAGAGACAGGGCUUUCAAGAAAAUUAUGACGCCAGGCUUUCGAGAAUAGAUAUUGCUAACACUCUAAGGGAGCAAGUCCAAGAUCUGUUCAACAAGAAAUAUGGCGAGGCCUUGGGAAUCAAGUACCCAGUGCAAGUGCCAUACAAACGGAUUAAAAGCAACCCAGGGUCCGUGAUUAUAGAGGGGCUCCCCCCUGGAAUUCCGUUCAGGAAACCGUGCACUUUUGGUUCUCAGAACCUGGAGAGAAUAUUAGCUGUGGCUGACAAAAUCAAGUUCACAGUAACAAGGCCUUUUCAAGGACUCAUCCCCAAACCUGACGAGGACGAUGCAAACAGGCUUGGAGAAAAGGUGAUUCUCCGAGAGCAAGUGAAAGAGCUUUUCAAUGAAAAAUACGGAGAGGCUUUGGGAUUGAACCGGCCAGUCUUGGUGCCAUACAAAUUGAUCAGGGAUAGUCCUGAUGCUGUUGAAGUUACUGGUCUGCCAGAUGAUAUCCCUUUUAGAAACCCCAACACCUAUGACAUCCACCGGCUGGAGAAGAUCCUGAAAGCACGAGAGCACAUCCGGAUGGUGAUUAUAAACCAACUCCAACCGUUUGCUGAAAUCUGCACUGAGGCCAAACAAACAGAAAAAGACAACAGUGUUCCCAAACGAAAGCGGAAGAGGAUCUCUGAAGGGAACUUGAUAUCAUCCUCAUCGUCCUCUUCCUCCUCUUCCUCUUCCAAUAUGGAGUCCACAUCGUCAACAAAUCAGAUCUCACUUGUGCAAUGGCCCAUGUACAUGUUAGACUAUGGUGGUCUAAAUGUCCAGAUUCCAGGACCUAUUAACUAUUAG